AUGCCCGGCGAACUCCUCAGGACCGUGACCGCGAGCCUCUCGCGGCCCUCGAAGCGCAAGAUGGAGCCCUCGGCGGACCUUUUCCUCAUCACCGACCAGGACGUCGCGUACGAGCAGGACAUCCAGCGCAACCCUGGCAGCGUCAAGCCAUGGCUCGACUACCACGCCUUCAAGAAGUCCCGCGGCAGCAUCCUGGAGCAGGCCUUCGUCCUCGAGCGCGCCGUCACCACGCUGCCGCGCUCGUACAAGCUGUGGAAGCUGUACCUCGAGCUGCGGACCAAACACCUCGCCAACAAGAAUCCCGCAAAGUUUGCGCCGCACUACGUCAAGGUCAACGCCCUGUUUGAGCGGGCUCUUGUUCUGCUGAACAAGAUGCCGCGCAUCUGGGAGAUGUACCUCACCUUUCUCAUGCAGCAGCCUCUCGUGACCACGACCCGCCGCACCUUCGACCGAGCAUUGCGCGCCCUCCCCCUAACGCAGCACAACCGCAUCUGGGCCCUGUACCGGCCCUUCGCCACGUCUGCCUCGGGCGAGACGGCCGUCAAGAUCUGGCGACGCUACAUGCAAAUCCACCCCGAAGACGCCGAGGACUUUAUCGAGCUGCUCAAGGACAUGCGCAAGUACACCGAGGCCGUCAAAAAGUACAUGGAGAUUCUCAACAACCCCCGGUUCAAAAGCAAGGAGGCAAAGGGGCCCUUCCAAUUCUGGACCGAGAUGAUCGACCUCAUCAUUGACCAUGCCAAGGAGAUCGACACGAGUGAUGACAGUGGCAUCAACGUCGAAAAGAUUAUCCAGAGUGGCAUUGCCAAGUUCCCUGACCAACGGGGCAUCCUGUGGGUCGGCCUGGCGCGGUACUGGAUGCACAAGGGCGAAUACGAAAAAGCGCGAGACGUCUUCGAAGAGGGCGUGACUACAGUCAUGACUGUGCGCGACUUCUCCGUCGUCUUUGAUACAUAUGUGGAAGCCGAGGAAGCCAUGAUUGGAAUUAAGCUGAAUGAGGCUGCCGCCCGGUCAGAGCAGGGCCAAGUCGAUGAAGCUGGCGAUGCCGACCUGGACAUCAGAAUGGUUCGCUUCGAAUCACUGAUGCAGAGAAGGCCAUUCCUGCUCAACGAUGUUAUGCUGCGACAGAACCCACACAACGUGAUUGAAUGGGAAAAGCGCGUUGCGCUCUGGGGCGACAACAAGAAAGAAGUGGUGCAGACGUACACUGAUGCCAUUGCGGCAAUCAACCCCAAGAAGGCCGUUGGCAAGUUCCACGAACUCUGGACCAACUACGCCAAGAUAUACGAGGCCGGCGGCGAUCUUCAGAAUGCGCGCGUUAUCAUGGAAAAGGCCGUCAAGGUCCCCUUCAAGUCGGUCUCGGAGUUGGCUGAGAUGUGGUGCGAAUGGGCAGAGAUGGAGCUCCGCAACGAAAAUUUCGACAAGGCCGUCGACAUCAUGGCCAAGGCUACGCAGGCACCCAAGCGGUCCAACGUCGACUAUUUCGAUGAAUCCUUGUCGCCGCAACAGCGUGUGCAUAAGAGCUGGAAGCUGUGGAGUUUCUAUGUCGACCUUGUGGAGAGUGUCAGCACUCUGGAAGAGACAAAGAAGGUGUAUGAACGGAUUUUCGAGCUUCGCAUCGCUACGCCACAGACCAUUGUCAAUUACGCAAACCUACUGGAGGAAAACAAGUACUACGAGGAGUGCUUCAAAGUGUACGAGCGUGGACUGGAUCUGUUCAGCUACCCCGUCGCUUUCGAGAUCUGGAAUCUCUACCUCACCAAAGCCGUCGACCGAAAGAUUGGAAUGGAGCGGCUGCGUGAUCUGUUCGAGCAGGCGGUGGAAGACUGUCCACCCAAGUUCGCCAAGGUGCUGUAUCUCAUGUACGGUGCGCUUGAGGAAGACCGUGGCCUGGCCAGGCACGCGAUGCGCAUUUACGAACGUGCUACGCGUGCCGUAGCGGACGAAGACCGGAUGGAGAUGUUCAACUUUUACAUUACAAAGUCGGCGUCCAACUUUGGUCUCACUUCAACACGACCAAUCUACGAGCGCGCCAUUGCUGCUCUGCCCGAUGCUGAAGCCAAGGAAAUGUGUCUCAAGUUUGCUGAGAUGGAGCGACGUCUGGGAGAAAUCGACCGAGCGCGAGCCAUCUAUGGCCAUGCCAGCCAAUUCUGCGAUCCGAGGACGAAUCCCGAGUUCUGGAAGAAGUGGGAGUCUUUCGAAGUCCAGCAUGGAAACGAAGACACCUACAAGGAGAUGCUACGCAUCAAGCGAAGCGUCCAAGCUCAAUACAACACCGACGUCAACUUUAUCGCCUCCCAAGCUGUCGCUCGCGGCCAACAAAACAAUACAUCCGCCGACGACGAAGAGGGAACUGCAGACAAUGCCGACGAGGACGCAAUGGCUGCCCUCGAACGCCAAGCUCGUGCACCUGCUGGCUUUGUCGCUGCUAGCACAGGUCCCCAGGGCGGCAACAUCAAGCCCGUCGAAGAGGCAACCCCCAACCCAGAUGCGAUCGAUCUCGACGACGAUCUAUGA